UUUCAUUUUUGUCAAGACCGACAAAUGUUUAUAUUGAGGCCUGUUAGGGUUAAUAUUUGUACGUAGAGGUAAAACCAAUCUCUCUCGAUCGAACGAGUACGCCACUGAGUGCGAGAGUGGAGAGGACGGGAAGAGAGGAGCCACGAAUGGAAGCGGUAGGAGGCGAAGAGGAAUUAGGGUUAGGGUUUCCAUUCUGGGUCGCGGCUUGCCGGAGAUUCAAGCCCGGCGAUCCCUUCUUCGCCGCGGGGGACAUCGAACGCGAGCUCAUCGCGAAGCACGUUGCACUAGAUUUAACUGAAGAUGAACGGUAUCAGCUUCAGAAAAUGGAGGGUGGAGGCAUCAACACUGUGUUGUGCCCUAUUGUUGGCUGUGGUGCUCAGUUAAAUUGUCUAGAGGACUUUGAGGAUCAUUACCAUGCUCGGCACACUGCUUCAUGUUCGGUUUGUUCAAGGGUUUACCCAACAUCACGAUUGCUUAGCAUACAUGUCUCUGAAGCACAUGAUUCCUUCUUUCAAGCAAAGGUUGCACGUGGUUUUCCAAUGUAUGAGUGUUUGGUUGAAGGCUGUGGAGUGAAGUUGAAGUGCUAUAAAAGCCGGCAACAGCACCUUGUAGACAAACACAAAUUUCCUCGUUCAUUUGAAUUCUACAGAAAGGCACACCCAUCCAAGCACCAGCGCCAGAAAUAUCAACGUAGGCAAGCUGCCUAUAGGUGGGAGGGAACUAAGGAGACACAUAUGGAUGUUGAUAGGAACACCUUGAAGCAGCCACGCCAGAAAUAUCGACCCAAACAAGCUGGUCCUGAGUCAGAGGAAACAAAUAUGGAAGUUGAAGAGAAGAUAGAUAAUCUUGCUUCAGCUGUAUCCAAGCUAAGCACAUCAGACUCUACUCCUUCAAGCAUAAGCUUCGGUCACCGACAUGCCCGUGGCUUUGCUUUUGUCCCUCGGUCAAUUCGACAGAAUCAAAAGCAGCAAUCAGAUGCCAAGAGAUAGCAAUUUCAUAGUCUGUGGAGCAGUUGUUACCAAUCCUGCUUAAGCUCAAGCGAGUGGCUUUGGGUGUGCAGCUGUGUGCUUCAGGUUCCCAAAGAUGGUGUCCAAGUCCUGGGAAUGGUGAAAUGUUGGAUAUUUCCUUCGAGUUAAUAUCACCACUCUGAUUGAUUUGUUUGACUGAGAAUGGUAAUGGCAUCACUUUGGUCAAUUGGUAUCUUAUAUGUUUAACUGAAGCUCCAAAGAAAUGCCCUGAUGUCAUUGUCACAUUACUUGGAAAAUUAAUGUUUAGACUGGUUCCCACAGGGAUUAAUAUACAUGUUUAUUCUCCUUAAAUUUUGGUAAUUCAUUUCCGUUUAUGUUUGUCUUUCCAGCUAGCCUUAGAGAUUUAUUCAAGGUGCUGAGUCUUGGCCAUGGGAAUAGUUGUCAGUUCUUUCGGGUAAAGAUUGGCAAUAGCAUGUAGUGCUUGGUAUUUACGUCAAUUUUUUAAAAUUUGCAUCAUGGUGUAAAAUAAUGGACAUUGUAACAUUUGUGGUUGCUGUGUUAUUAUGGCUUUGAAGGCCCCCUUCCAUAUAUACUAUUACAUAUUUAGUGGGAAUAA